CAAUGUGUUUGCUUGAAGACCAUCAAUGCACGCCUGGUAGAUGCUGCAGCCCGAUACACUAGUCUUAGGGGGUCAACGAUAUCAUCACAGAUACCAGUGCCAUCUUUGAUACCUUGAUCCCUUGAUCCCUUGAUCAUACUUAUCGAGAUUUUCAUGUGUAACAGGACUUUUAUAGUACUGCCAGCACUUAAAUCUGGGAGUUUCUCACCUGUUCAAAGUACAAGUAAAAGUUUAGUCUUGUAUUUAUCAUGUCAUCCCAUACAUACAGUGCACACUCAGAUUCGCAUUUAAUAUUCCGUUUAUAUUCCAAAAAACUGCACACUGGCUGGAAAAUUUGAAGUAACACAAUUUCAGUAUUAUUUUGUAUUUUUCUCUAUUUUAUUCAAUACAGAUCCACAGUAUACAUAAUGAGUCAUUCCAGAAAAGAUCCAUACUCCCCCCAUGGAGGAAAUUUCUGCCAUCCGGAGGGGGAGGGGAGGAAAAAUUGUUUCUGAUAAUAGUAAAUGUAUUAGGACAUCCAAAGAGGGUAGAGAGUUAACUCCUCUGUGGGGGAGGUAUGGAUGUUUUCUGGAAUGACCCAAUAUGUAUUUUACCUGGUUUGAAUAAUCUACAUCCAGGAUACUGGAGGUAAAUGAUUAUAGUAUCCACUUACAUGUACAUAGAAAAUCUACAGACUUGUAUGUGAUAAAAUAGGAGAUGUAUAAAAUCAGCGGGGUAACAGAAAAUUGUCAAUGUUGUCGGAAAUUGUCAAAGUUGGCCGACGUUGGUCUGUUCGGAAAAUUUUGGAAAAAUGGAAAUAAUUGGUGAUGUCCGGAAAAAUUUUUUGUCACGAAAAAUUUUGAUCUCCAGAAAAAAAUUUUGACCCCUAAAAUGGUACACUGGCCGAAAUUUUUUUGGCGACGGGGGAGGGGGGGGUAGGUCGCCAAAAAAAAUUCAGGUAAAAAAUUUUUUGCGACGUCCCUGUCGGAAACUAUUUUUCAGUUUGUCAGAAAAGUACUGCCCUUGGCCCCCCCCAAAAAACAUGGGUCCCACGGCGCCACUGUAUAAAAUACUUACAUUGUAAUCCAUUCUGAGGCAUCAUGAAAGGUAAAACAUGAUUCACCCAAAACUCUUGAAGCCUUUCAACAACCGACCAAAUAAAUAAUUUGUCAAAUGGGAUUUCAACUGAAAAUAUGCCAAGCUUGGUCCAUAUAACAAAGUCACACAAACACACAAACAUCUGUAACUGUACUUGGAAGUAAUAUCGACAAUUUCUCUUUAAUGUAAAAUGAUUGUCUUUCUGUUGCCCACCUACUUCAGGAGUCAGGAAAGCUUCCUUAGGGGUAAUAUCUCUGUGCUUCCAGGGGCAUUUGUAUUCUACAACAGCUACGGGGCAUCCCUUUUCACAUUCACAAUGACGAAAGUCAUCAACACUUGCCCCAAGGAAGGGUUUGUCCUUGGAAAUCAUGAAUCCUCUAGACUCGAGCUUUAAUUUAUGGUGUUGCUUUCCCUGAACUUCUGGGUCUUGAGGUUGGUCAGGCAGUGAACGAAUGCAUGAUGGAACACUGGGAUUAGCCAUUUCAUUUACAAGCUUGCUUAAUCUAGUUUGAGAGUCAUUUACUCUUUUAGCCUUCGAAGUAGCCUGCAUGGCAGGCGGUACUUAGGAAAUACCGCCUGCCACAAAACUGGGUGUAAAUUAACUACCGCCCCUGAAGCAUCAACGCUAUUUAUAGAUGCAUUAAUUAAGUAAAUAUUCAAAAUUAGCCACUCCCAAGCUGCUCCCAAGUCCCAACUGCCCAACGUAAAAUAAAUUCCUUGAUUCUCAUCACCGCUCGACUGAAUUUUAAAAUCCUCGUGAAAACGUUUUAUAUUUCGUUAUACAAUAUGAAUGUACCGCCCGACAAAAUAAUUCAAGACAGUUAAUUUUUUCAUAUUUUAUAUAGAGUUUUUAUUGCCAUUUUAAACUUCCAAUUUGAAACAAACAGAAUUUUGAGUGAAAUUUCAUUGUAUUUUAAAGAAACUCAGUCAUUCUGUCAUUGUUCGUGGAGAUAUGAUCUAUUGAUAUAUAAAUUAUAUAAAUAUAAAAUAUAAAAAAUAAAUCUCCCACUGUCUUUGACAUUUCAAAGUGUAGACUGUGUCUAGUGAUGAGAAUCAAGGAAUUUAUUUUAUGUGUUAAUAUAAACGUUUAGCCAUUUAGCUGCCUUACAACGGUGGUUUAAUAAGUUCAAAAUACAAAGCAUGCAAGUCUAUACUAUAGAUUCAUCAUCAGUCAACAACCAAACUGAAAGUAUUGAACCUUAUAGAACGAUAGUUUUUAUUUGUUUACAACUAUACAUAUUCAACGGCUAUAUAAGAGUUUAACUGUUAUUUGAUAGUUACUGCAUCAACCGGCCCCUUGUUUAUACUUUGGAGGUUCGUAUAUAAUAUCUAUCAAGUAUCUUUGGUUCAGAACAUGAUAGACCUAUAUGGAAAUCCCACUGUUCGAUUCAGUGAAGAAAUAUCUCCUAAUUUCUAUCGAUAGUUUUAGUAAAAUGUCAACAUUAUUAAGAUUUAUGGCCUUUGAAAGUCAAGCGAGAUCGUAUAUUAUCAAAUUAAUACGCAUGUAAUUAUCUGAACGAAAAUAUAGACUAGCCCAUACCUUUCGCCGAUCAUAACUUCGGCCCCUUCGGAUCUGUAUCUUCUUUGUUAAAUAUUCUUGUUCGAAUCUCUAUCAAUAACACUAGUUAGAGUGUUAUUUUUCAGCUUGUAUCUUUUUAUUUGCUUCUUUUAUUAUGUUAUUCCAUUUCUGGUCUGACUUGACGUGAACUAAUUUCAAAACGCAGAGUUUCAAAACGUCAAAACAUUUGGUUAAUGAUUAACAUUUAACCGAAUUUAGCCGUUGAUUGACAACUACAUAAAAAUACUAACCAAUCCGUUUUUCCCGUUCACCAGUGGACGGGUAAUUCAAAAACCCCUAGUUUUGCGGCAGACGGUAUUUCCUUUGCCUCCCUACUUUUCGCUGCCUGUAGAAAUACCGCCUGCCACGCAGGCUACCUUCGAAGCAGAAAUAAUACCUGCUUUUUGCACCUACCACUCUUGGCAUUUCCACUGUUUUAUAGUUAGAGUGUUUAUACGACUAAUUUCUUCCGAUGUUAUCAUUGGUUCACCUUAAUUUUUAAACAAUGAUAUUACCUCUUCUUUACUGCUAUAUUGCAUUAGCUUUUCUUUCAUAAAUACCAGUGUUCCCAGUUGUAUCUAAGUUGAAUUUUUCUGUACCUUUAUCAGGAAUGCUACAAUCUGUGGUGCACUCAGGGAUUUCAGGAAGAUACAUCUUCCCUAAAAGAUGAAGUAUAGUUGGUGGCUUAGCGACAUGUUUUCCAGAUAUUGCUAAAACAAACUUCUCAAGGGAUUUUGGUGAUGGGUUGCACCUGUUAUUCUCAUUCCUGGCAUCCAUAUCAAUAUUUUCUGAGAAAGUAUGUUCUGUUUUCCCCCCUUUUUUUUAGGAGAGGAAGGUAAUCGUGACAUUCUUGCACUUUUAGAAGGUUUCUUUUCCACUUGCUUUCGCUUUACUGCAGGUUUAUAAUUAGCCUUAGUCUGUUUCUUCAAUGGCGGGGAACUACAUUUCCCAAUUUUCAAAUCAUUCACUUCACAAGGUUUGCUUGAUGAUGUUGGUCUUUUCACCCAUUGGCAAGGCCCACUGGUUACGCUUUCUGUAGAGUGGGUGUUCAACAGGUCUUCAAGUGAAUACAUGGCUGCUGAGAUGUGCUUACAGCCUCCUCCAUCUCUGCCUCCUUUACAUGUACACCAUGCUUUCAAUACCGUGCCUCUACUUGCACCUUUGCCCUCUAAAAUAAACCACAGGUCGUAAAACGCCUUUCGUCCUACAUCAUUGCUUUUCUUCAUGCUGGGUCGAACUUUACCCACAUAUAAAUGCACCCCUACACUUGGCAAUGGUUUAGUCAACAAAGAUUCUACAUACCCCUCUUCAAAUAAAAGAUAAUCAUAUUGGCGCACUUGACACUGACUGUGCGAAAUUUGACUCCCACUUCAAUAACAAGCAUAGCAACCCCCCCCCCUUUCCCCCGUUCAAUGUUGUCUGUAGUGUGUUAUACGUCCAAGGUGUUACACAACAUUGAUAACGGGGAUAGGGGGUGUUUGGACAUGAAAUUUUGCAUAAAAUGGGCAAGUAUUUAACAUAAAAUCAUAGGUCCAUACAUUGCUCCAUCAAAAAAUUCAUUGUAAAUCUAUGAAAUUUUAAUAUUUGCAAAUAAUAUAACGAUCUUUGAUAAUGAUAUUUAAUGGUCAACUUAUUCGCUUCGAAAUAAAUAAAUUAUAACUAUAUCUUGCAUGAUUUUGAACAGUGCUCCCCAUUUUCCUAAAGAAUUCAGUGAGAUAGUCAAGGAAUUUAAGCUAAGUUUGUGGAGCACUGUUCUUAAUUUAGCAAUAAUGGACCUAAAUAAGAUUUUAUAAUGAAUAAAUGCAUUUAUUCAAGUAAUGCAAACCACUUUGUGUAUCCGAAAACAAAAAUUUCUGCAUCCUUGACAAAUAGUUAGGAAAUAUCAAGGGAACACUGUUUGUAAUUUUGCGUUGCUGCACCAUUGGAGUCACGCUGUGAAGACGUGUAAAUUGUACUUAGCAUUUAAUCUACUUGUUGACAGCAAGCUCAUUGCCUAUUUGCGAAAAUGCUCUAUACUGCCCUUACUCUGCCUUGAAUUACUAUAUAUAACAGUAAAAGAUAGAACUCCUAGUAUUUUAUGCAAUUUCCUCUUGCUUUAAGAACAGCAUCUACUCUACUUGACAGGCUUGAAAUACUAGUACGAUCAAUUACAUCGGUUGACAGAUUUUCCAAGGAUUUUAAAACCCGCGCUGAAAAGUUUUGGAAUGUUUCUUACGUUAUAUUAUUAGCAAUUGCUUCAUUCUCAAGACUUUUCUUUACCAAGUGAAAGACAUUUUCAAUUGGCUUCAGGUCAGGCGAUCUGGCCGGAAUCUUGUGAAAUUCAGCCUCGAUUUUUUCAAUUGCUUUUCGCGCUGCUUUACUCGUUUCUGAUUGGUCAUUAUCCAUGAGAAACAGGCGACAAUUUUUUUACGUCCACACUUUGGAAAACAAGUAUUAAAAUGCUUUCCAAUGAACUCUGCAAAGAAAUUGCCAUUCAUUUUCUCAUAGGGAACUUUGAGAACCACACCUUUCCCAUCCUUUCAAAAUAGCGACAAUUACGAUCGCUCGUCAACUUUUCUUGGGCGACCUUGUUGCCUUUGGACUUUUUAGAUCUCAGCGCAGCUGGUUGUUGGUCUUCCCUCUAUAUUCUUGCUACUGAUGAAGGGCUUAUAUGACAUUUUCUUGCGAUCUCCCUUGCGAUCUCCCGAUUCCUUUCUAUAAUAAAGUACCAAAGCCCUUGUCUUUUCUGUUAUUUUUCUUGUGUAAAUCAUCCUUAAAUGAAUCUAAUUAUCAAAAUGUAUAUAAUUCAAUUUUAUUUUCUAGCCAGCCUCACUUAAUAUACCUGUACGGGAAUAUCAUGAUUCAUAGUAACUCCCCCCCAUAUGACGUCAUAGUUAUCAACAUUACGACGCACGCGCUAGGUUUUCAAUAACUCCCAACGAAAUCAUCUAGAACACGCCUCCCAAUAUACGUGUAAAACACGUAAAUAAUGCUUCGGUACAUUCUGAGUCAAAAUUAUAUAUGUACAUAAAUUUUAGUGUCAUUUUUAUAUUCAGACAAUCCUGGUCAAAAAUAUUGGCGCAUUUGACACUGACUGUGCGAAAUUUGACACCCACUUCAAUAACAAGCAUAGCAACCCCCCUUUCCCCCAUUCAACGUUGUCUGUAGUGUGUUAUACGUCCAAGGUGUUACACAACAUUGAUAAGGGGGAUAGGGGGUGUUUGGACAUGAAAUUUUGCAUAAAAUGGGCAAGUAUUUAUAUGGUAAUUAGAAAUGAAGUAAAGGUUAUGCUAUUUGGACUAAGUGCGCCAAGAAUUUUUGACCAGGAUUGUAGUCCUUGUUUGUCGUAUUCAGUCGAGUUGUAUAUAAGGUGGUUAAAUAUGUCGAACAAACCAAAUGGUGGCAACUCGAUGAAAUCAUUUACGUACUUGUGAGUCCGACACUAUGGAUCAUCGAUCUCUAUUCCAUGAACGAUUAAUUGUAAAUCCUGUUCAGUGGGCUUUUCAAAAUUUGGAUCGAUUGGGAUCAUCAUUUUCUCAACAGACGUAGCGAUUUCGACUAAUGCAGGUUUAAGAUGGCCGGUAACUGUAACUCCUCUUGCUUGUAAAUACUCUUUCAAGUCAGAGAGACACAUUUCUUUAAAAUUCUUGUGCUCCAAAGUAUUAUCCAUGUUUAUAUUAUCAUAAUCUUUCUUAUUGUAGGCUUUAUGCAUAUUUCCAUAAAUAUGCAUAAAGCCUACAAUAAGAAAGAUUAUGAUAAUAUAAACAUGGAUAAUACUUUGGAGCACAAGAAUUUUAAAGAAAUGUGUCUCUCUGACUUGAAAGAGUAUUUACAAGCAAGAGGAGUUACAGUUACCGGCCAUCUUAAACCUGCAUUAGUCGAAAUCGCUACGUCUGUUGAGAAAAUGAUGAUCUUUAAAAGAACAGCAAAAUGUAGUGAUAUAUGUGUGUAAAACUCGGUGUAAAUAUACAAUGUGUUGAGAAGCAUAUUAUUGUUUAGUUUUGUUAAUUUAUGACAUAAUUAAUUAGUAACACAGUUUCCAGCCGAGAGAAAAGACUGGGUCGAGAGCAUGCUCUCGACGGCGCUAGGCUUCGAACAAGAAAAACUGAUAGAUAAUCAUUCGAAGAUGUACACUUUUAUAGCUUUUUGAUAAAAUAUAUUGUUCUUUACUCAUAAUCGGAGAGACUAGUUAACAUUUGGCGAUCCUGCCAGGACGUGGCAACCGAAAGAACCGUUUUUUUAUAGCAGAUAUUUAGUAUGGCAACCGAAGAAAAUGAUGAAAUGGAAGUUGAUAUGAGUGCUGAGAACAAUAUUACCGGUAUCAAUAGUGAUAAUGUGGUCGAAAGCGAACAACAAAGUCAGUCCUAUUCAUCGAAACAACAUGCAGAGAUGCUGUUGAAGUUAAGAAGGGAGAAAAGAACCCGUAAAACGAAGGUAACUAAGCUUAAACAUCAAUUACAAAAAUUAUGCAGUGUAAAGGACGGAAAUAUAGACACUGCUCAAAUUGAAAAUUGCAUAAGUGAAUUGUAGGAAAUUUUAGAGGAAGCACAGCUUGUAAUGGACGAAAUGAGUAGCUUGUAUUUACAGAUGAAUGAUAUGAAACUGCAAAAAGAAAUUAUGCAAGAAUCAGAUAACUUAGAGCUAGAAAUACAGCAGACUAUAGACAGUGCACAAAAGAUGUUAGUUGCCUCACCCCAAGUAUUAGAAAAAGACAACCCAGUCGACACCGAACCAGUUUUGCUCACAGGGGGAAAUGAUUUAUCGACCGAAUCGAAUAACAAUUUGCAAACAGAAGUACAGACCUCUAGUCACCAGGACCCAACCCCUAGUUCCCAGGCCCCAAUUCUACCUGGUACCCAGACUACGACCCUUCCUUAUCAGAGCCCUAGUUCCCAAACUCCAAUUCCACCUGGUACCCAGACUACGACCCUUCCUUAUCAGAGCCCUAGUUCCCAGACCCCAAUUCCACCUGGUACCCAGACUACAACCCUUCCUUAUCAGAGCCCUAGUUACCAGAUCCCAAUUCCACCUUGUACCCAGACUACGACCCUUCUUUAUCAGAACCCUAGUUACCCCCCCCCCCCAAUUCCACCUGGCACCCAGACUACGACCCUUCCUUACCCAAUUUCACCCCAAAUGCAAGGGGGUAAUUCAGCAAUUGUCACCUUAAAGCUUUGCGCGUUCCUGUUUUUGAUGGUACCAAGGCCAAAUUUGAAGAAUUUUGGAGCCUGUUUCUGAGUUUAGUACAUGCUUCAAAUGAACCCAUCAAUCUCAAAAUGGCAAGAUUACAGCAAAGUUUAACCGGCCGAGCCCAUGAUGCAAUUCGAGGUCUAGGGGUAUCAGAACCUGAAUACACAGAAGCGAAAGAAAUUCUUAAGACAAAGUUUGGUGGGCAACGUCGGCAACUAAGAGCUUACAUGGAUGAGUUAGACAGUAUGCCAGCACUGCGUUAUAAUAAUGUGGACAAUUUUGAAAGGUUUGCUGAUUUAGUGAGAGUGGCGGUUGUGAAGCUGAAAGCAGAAAACCGACAAGCACAGCUUGGAGAGGGAACAUUGCACAGUCAACUCGUACGGAAGUUACAUGAUCGAUAUUUAGAGUGUUACAGUCGUUGGUUAAACGUUCAUAACAAAGAACUUGCAGUUACUAGUUUGUGUGACUGGUUAAAAGAAGAAGUGGCAAUCAAGAUUGAAGCGAAAGAAAUGGCUCAUGGGUUGGAUGAGAAACUGUUAUCCGAGCGACGACUCCCGAGAGGAAAACCUGAUGAAGGUCGCCGAAGGUCAUACUUUACUGGAAAAGAAGUGGACAACCGCUUUCAAAACCGUAUAGAAAAACGAGAAGAGAGAACCAAGCCACCCUGUGUUUUCUGUGGUCAGGGUAACCAUGGGAUAUGGAAUUGCAACCAAUUUAAACAGAAAAGAGUCAGAGAACGGUGGAAAGUUGCAAAAGAAAAGUAUCUGUGUUUUCGUUGUUUAUCCAAUGAGCAUCGUGGAAAGGAUUGUAGACAGACUCGCCCAUGUGAUGUUGAUGGAUGUCAGCUCACUCAUCACUGACUACUUCAUGACACCGCCCAAAGCAGGAAACCAGGUCCUGUACUUCUGGACGAGAGGGCGGAUCCUUCACGGGAGGGGGCAGAGAGUUUAACAAAUCUUACUAUGACAUCGAACCGGUCCAAAUUGCAACCAGAGGCAACCUCAUUGAGAACAGUUCCAGUUUGGGUAAAAGCUAAUGGAAAAAAGGUGAAAGUGAAUGCAGUGUUAGAUGACGCCUAAAAUGAAUCUUUCAUGAAUGAAGAAGUUGCUGGCCUCCUUGGAUUGAGAACUACUUGGCAAACUGUACAAGUACGAGUGUUAAACGAUUCUGUGGAAACCUUCGAUUUAGAGAGUGAUGAUCGUCAGUUCACUAAAACCAUAAAUGUUCAAACCUGUCCUAGAGCAGUUACAGGGAGCUAUCAAGUGGUGGAUUGGAAUCAAUAUCAGUCAAAUUGGCCGCAUCUUUCCCAAUGCAAUUUUGCUACGCCAGCUAAAGAUGGGUUUGCUGAUUUACUGAUUGGUGUGGACAACCCUGAUCUGCACUUCUCCAUUGUUGAUUUCCAAGGGCCCUCGGGAGGGCCAGUAGCUUGUCUCGGCCCGCUCGGUUGGACAUGUAUUGGGUCUGCUGCUAAAGAUACCAACCACCAUUCAAGAUCCCAUCUGGCGAGAACACUGCAUACCAAAAUGGCAGAUCCGGAGAACAGAUUGACAGAGUGUUGUAACCUUGAUCGUACAAUGCGUAACUUCUGGCAAAUCGAAAGUACUGGUACCGACAAAGUUUGUGCAAAAGUUAUGACCGAAGAUGAGAAAUUAGCCCUUGGAAAGGUCGAGAGCUCGUUGCAAACAGUGGAUGAGAGAUACCAAGUUGGUGUACCUUGGCGAAGUGAUCGACCAGAGUUGCCGAACAACCGUCAGAUGGCACAAUCUCGCCUGGUCUACACCAAAAGAAAUCUGCGAAAGAAUCCCAUCGUGGCUAACGAAUAUCAGAAAACCAUUGAGGCUUAUGUACAGAAAGGAUAUCUCCGGAAAGUUGAUCCUGAUAAGAAAGAAGCCCCGGGGCUAUGGUAUCUACCCCAUUUCCCGGUCAUAAGAAUGGAUAAGUCCUCAACUAAAGUCCAAACUGUAUUUGACUGUUCCACGAAAUGUGAAGGAAUCUCGCUGAAUGACGUCAUCCACCCCGGUCCGAAGCUGCAGAAAGAUCUUUUUGAUGUCUUCCUACGAUUUCGGCGGAACCCAAUACCCCUUGUUUGCGACAUCCGGGAGAUGUAUCUUCAAAUAAGCAUUGAUGAGAAGGAUCGUCCAUACUUCCGCAUGUUGUGGAGAAACCUUGACACCGACAGCGAAGCGGAUGAGUAUGAAUUUAGUUGAGUAGUGUUCGGAAAGAACUCGCCACCAAUGGAAGCCCAAUUCGUAGCCCAAAAGAAUGCUCAGCGUAAUCAACACCUUUACCCUUUAGCAGCAGAGACUGUUCUGGAAUCCACUUAUAUGGAUGAUUCCAUAGACAGCGUUGAAGACGAACAGUCUGGUAUCAAGUUGUACCAUGAGUUAAGAGAGUUAUGGGCCAAAGCAAAGAUGGAGGAUAGAAAAUGGAUUUCCAAUUCACCAGAAGUCCUUGCAGAAAUCCCGGUAGAAGAUCAAGUGAGCGAAAUUGUCAUUAAUGAUGGUCAGAAUCCAACUACCAAGACCCUAGGAAUUGCUUGGGAUAGCAAGAAUGACGAAUUCCAAAUGUCAACAUGCGAAGCAUCGCGACUGCAACUUACAAAGAGAAAUAUCUUGCGAAAGAUCGCUACAAUCUUCGAUCCCCUUGGCUUCGUUAGCCCAUUCAUAGUUGUUGCUAAGAUCUUGCUCCAAGAACUUUGGGCACAAGGCUACGAGUGGGACGAUGAAAUCAAAGAUGAAAUCGCUCAGAAUCGCAAAGUGGUUUGACCAAUUGGAGCAGUUGAGUGUUGUGCAGGUUCCGAGAUGUCUUCGAGCGGCAAAGCCAGUGGUUUCAACGAGAAUUAUCACCUUCGUCGAUGCUUCGAAGGAAGCAUAUGGUUGUGCGGUGUAUAUUCGACACGAGUAUGAGGAUAAUGAAGUGACUUGCCAGUUAAUCACAUCAAAGUCCAAGGUGGCACCACUCACCCCAGUGACAAUACCUAAAUUGGAGCUAAUGGGUGCUAUUCUAGGAUUGCGGGUAACACAGUCCGUAAUCGCUGUAUUACACCUACCAAUGCAAGAUGUCAUCUUCUACUCGGAUAGCAUUGACGUUUUAUGGUGGAUACGUGGUCGUGGCAAAGAUUUUCGUCCUUUUGUGGCAAAUCGGGUCGGGGAGAUACAAAGUGGUUCCGAUCCAUCGCAACGGCAGCACGUGUCUACAAACGAAAAUCCAGCUGAUUUGUGUACCAGAGGAACAAGCCCGUUGGAACUAGCCAAACAUCCAUUGUGGUGGGAAGGACCAGAGUGGAUAAAAACAUGUGAAGAUCAAUGGCCGAGAAUAAAAUUUGAGAAACGUCCAGCCAAGCUUCCGGAGAGCAGAAUUAGCCCGAGUCAAGGUGGGAACGAUCGAGUUGUGUUGGCAACGAAUGCACAAGAGAAGGAAGAUAACAGCCGAAAGUUAGAAGACGAAGAAUGGAGACUUGAUCCAAAGAGAUUUUCAAGUUGGUCGUGGUAAAUUAGAGUGCUUGCUCGAGUGAGAAGAGCACUUUACAACAUGCAAAACGGUGAUCAAAGAAGAACGGACUCAGAGCUUACAAUUGAUGAACUCCAAGAAGCGGAAGAGGAAGCGAUUCGUUUGGCUCAACAAGAAGGUUUUCGUGGUGAUUACGACACCGUCAAGAGUGGCAAACCGGUGCCAAAAACCAGUCCGCUUGUCAAGUUAAAUCCUACCAUUGAUGAAGCCAGUUUAAUUUGCUCAGAUGGACGCCUUAAAUUCGCAGAACAGCUACC